CCGCCGCCGCGCCGCUCCUUCUGAAAGAAACGAACCCCCCCUUUUCAUGCUUCAAGUUAUCUUCUGGGGUCAGCAGAAGGUGCCCAACUCCUGGAGACCCCGGGCGAGGCGAGGCUGUCACUUAGCUCCCUCCGCAGACGCUCUCCACAGAAGAGCAGAACCCGCGUCGCCGGCGAGGAACCAGCCCGGCGCUUACCUGCUUUAGACUAAGCCACCACAAUCAGGAGGAUUUUUGUUCAAAGGUGACAUUUGUUGAUCCCAGCGAUGAACCUUGAAGUUCCAAAGCCAGAAUUCAAAUCUGCCACCAGGGUGACUGGGGGCCCUGUCACCCCCAGGAAAGGACCCCCCAAAUUCAAGCAGAGACAAACCAGGCAGUUCAAGAGCAAGCCACCCAAGAAAGGUGUUCAAGGGUUUGGUGAUGACAUUCCUGGAAUGGAAGGUUUGGGAACAGAUAUCACUGUGAUCUGUCCCUGGGAAGCUUUCAGCCACCUUGAGCUCCAUGAAUUGGCACAGUAUGGUAUCAUUUGAACACGCAGAAGCCAGAAGUGGGGCUGCAUAUAUGCCUUCCAUUCAGCAAGCAAGAACAGUUUCUGAAACUUCUCGUUAUCUGUGUUCCUAGCCCUGCAGAUUCACUCUCCCAGUAGCAGCCUGUUUUGGGCCUCCAGCAAUUGCUUACCAAAAUAAAAUCUAAGUGAACAAGCCUUAGGCUUGGUUUCAUACUACUGUCCCUGUGAUUAUUUCCUCCCUUCCAAUUGAACAUUUGCAAAAAAGUCACAA